AUGUCUCACUUCCGCCCCUCACGCGCCUCGCCCCCUCCUCGACCUGCUGCUGGACCAUCGUCACGCGUCUCUGAUUUCACUGAUGAUUCCCACCCACUCAUCGCGCCAGAACUCAUCGGGCUCUCAGCGGAGGAGAUCGACUUCAUAGACGAAGUCAUCGGUCGCGCACCCGCAACCGCUUCCACCUUUCUUACCGUCUUUAAGGCAUAUAACGAUGUCCUGCAGGAGCGCGGCCUGGAUCCUCAGAAUGAAGUGGUCUAUUAUGGCAAGCUGUUGAAAAUUGGCACGUUGAAGGGGAAGAACUGGGCGGACAAGUGGAACGUGGUAAAGGAUCAACAGGGGUAUGUCUCCAACGCCGGAAAUACUGCAAGAGGAGGCAGGACGACGCGUGUUUCGCGAACGACGCCUACUCCCGCACGGCCUACUGCCAAACCUGCGAAGAUGCCUUACGCUCUCCGCGAGCCUGAUACCUUCACUUUACACUCCCAUCAAGAUGACACGGAGCAGGCUGCAAGUGACUUCUCCGCGAAACCUACACUCAGCAGACAGAUACAGGGCACGAACGGUCACGAUACACCACGACCUAUUCGCCGGUUUGGCUCACCUGCUACGGUGGGCUCCUCCAACUCCCUAGGUCUUGACACUGGACCUCCAUCGUCGGUAGCCAAUCCCUCGGACGUCCUUCGCAGACUGGCGGCCCGCGCACGGACAGCAACCGUCGGGCGAUGGGAUGCAGAAACCACUGCAGAAACUACCACGCAAGCAUCGAGUAUCCCUCCCUCUUACGGUGCGGUCGUGCGCGAUGAGCACCCUCCGAUAUCCUAUAAGGAUAAGGGAAAGGGAAGGGAGAUGCCUAUAUCUGUGAGGAGAAUUGGCCUGCCACGGGAGCCCUCCCCACCCAUGCCCACACAGGCUCCUCCAAAACAGCCCGCUCCGCUGCCUCAGAGGGAACGAAGGAGUGGCGCAGUCGACCCGGACGACGCGUUCAGGAGGGUUCGAGAAGCACAAGACGAGGAAAUUGCAGCGCAAUUCUACAAUGAUCGGCUUGUUGAACGGUGUUACGAAGUCUGGAAGCAGGGAUACGAAUGGAUUAUCACGACGGGCGAACAGAUCUCUGCGGCACGAGACUCCCUCGUCCUUCGCCGCUCCCUCCUGACUUGGAGGACUCGCACAGCCCACCGACGCGAACUCUGCGCCCACGUGGCCGCCCUGUCUGAUCGCCGCUGCCUGGUGCGCUUCUAUUACAUGUGGAAGCAGAAGGGCAAGGAUCGUAAGCACCACCGUAAGCAGCUGGAAUGGCGCGAGGACAUGCGCGUGCGCAUGCGAACCGUGCGCGAGCGGGACGAGCUGCGCCUCAAGAAGGAUACGUGGUCAAGGUGGCGCCAGCUCUAUCUUUCUCGCAUUGCGGAGCAGCAGUUCGCCCGCAAGGUCCUCGCGAGGUUCUUCGAGCGGUGGAAGGCGAAGCUGCGCAAACUGGACGAGCUGGACGCCGCGGCGGAUCACUUUGAGCAUGAGCAGGACGAAAAGUUGAGGAAUCGUUCGUGGGAUGUUUGGCGCCACAGAACGGAUAUGCGUGUUGCGGAGAAAACCGUCUCUGCGCGUGUCAAUUUGCGCAUCAUGACCAAUGCUAUGGAUGUUUGGAGGCGUAACCACGAGCAAUAUCAUGUCGCCGAGCGAUUCAACGAUAUGCUAGUACUCAAGCACGCCCUUCGUCGAUGGCAGGCUGCGCAAGCGCGAAUACGAGCAAUGGAGAAUCGCGCCGCGAAACAUGUCACAAGGCGGAAUGCCGUCCUAAUCCGAGCCAUUAUGCGUAUCUGGAAGUCUCAUGAGCGCGGGCAGCUUCUGACUCGCGUCAGAGCAAUGCGUCUGUUGAGACAGGCGUGGGCUGUCUGGAAAAAGCACAUGGACGCGCAGCGGGAACGAGAAGAGCUGGCGCAACUGUUCAGGACGCGCUCCGUCUCUCUUCACGCUGGGAUGGCGCUCCAGCGAUGGCGCCGGGUGCACCAGUCGCACCAGAACGCGCUCUCAUACGCCGUCCACUUCGAUCGAAUGCAUCUGCAGUACAAGAUGAUGCUCGCCUGGCGCCUGAAGCUCCGAACACGUCUACGCAUGGUGAAGCAAGCGAAGAUCGCUCGGAAGUAUUUACUCUUGCGGCGCUGCCUUCAUAUGUGGACAGCGAAGGUCGAGGAGAAGCGGCGCGAGAAAAAGCUCAAGGAGUUCGAGCUGCGGGCGACCAAGAAGACCUUCGAAGCGUGGUAUGCUCGCGCGAGGCAACAGCGACUUCUCAGACUCGCAGAACAAGAGAUGAAAGCGCGAGUUGCACAGGGAAUCAUGACGAACAGUUUGCGGCAUUGGAUAUCUCGUGUCGCGGACCUCAAGUUCCGAGAGCUCGAGACGAUCCAGCAUCGUGACCAGGCCCUUGUCUGGCGAGCAUACGAGAAGUGGAAAGCUGUCUGCAGGCGCCACGUCCAUGAGUUAAGUCUCAUGGAGAGCUACCAGGAUGUUAAGCGUGCAGAUAACAUGCGCAAGUUCUUUAUUCGUUGGCUCACGGCGGCGAGGAAGGCUAGACAUCGCCGGUUGCAACUUCAGGAGAGAGAAGAAGAGUUCAAGCUCAUGACUGUCGCAAGUACGUUCGACAAGUGGCGCGAGCGCUACAUGGACAUCCGUCUACAACCUCUGGCGGAAUCGUUCAUCAAGAAACAGCAGACUGACCUCGUCAUUCGUGCGUUCACUGCAUGGAAGAAGAAAUCCCUGCUUCCGACGGCAGUGAAGGUCUACAACCACAAUGUCAAGAGGAAGCAUUGGGAGAGAUGGCGAAAGCUCAUGCCUCAAGCUUUGCAGGCCAAAACAGCGCGAGAGAUGGAUCGGCGCAAAACGCUUGGCAAAGCCUUCGCGCUAUGGAAGAAGGCCCAACAGAAGAAAAUUGAACACAAGGCCAUCAACUAUGCCCGUUACCUCGAACUCCUGUCGUCUGCUCCAAGGCAGCCGGCGGUGGCCCAGCGCGGAACCGCUUUGGCACCCCGCGCACGAAACGUCUUCCCCGCAAGGCGCGCUAUCCGACCCGCGACCCCCACAGAGGACGAAGCAGAUGAGCCUCCUCGCCCCGUGUCGAGUGCGUCCAGGGCGCCAUUCGCGCGACCUUCCGCCAACCUCCCGCGCGGGAGCGUCGCAGGCUUGCUUGCCCACAAACCCCACACCGCUUCUCCCGAACGCAAGCCUCGCUCUCCGGAGCGACCCAAGUUCAGCUCUCGACGGACGAUCCCUCGGGACCCCAGCCCCUCCGAAACAGAGCCGGACGCCGCACCGCCAGCAUAUGGCGGUGGGAUCUCGGCGUGGCGCAAGGACGUCCGCCCCUUGCCGCCGAAGAGCGCGCCGCCGAGCAUCGCGGGCGACGUCGCGUCGAACCGCGGGCGGAGCAGCCUGUGGCAGGAGCUGAAGGAGGUGCGGCGCCGGUCGCGGGCACCCACGGAACACACGUAUUCGCCAGAGCCUUUGUGA